CAGAGUGGCACUGGAGGACGCUUUAUGACAGACGUGGCUCUGUGGGGAAACAGAAGCAAAGAUUACAAACUAGGAAUACAAAUUCCAUGGACCGGCUCGCAGAGAUGCCGCGUUAAUACGCAUUUCUUUAAAUUGUUGUGUUUCGAUUAAGAGGAGGAGCAACCAAGCGUUGUUUACGUGUUUAUUCGCGAACGAUGCGGAUUACAGAUUAUACUAUUUGAACAGUUCUGCAGGUCACUUCUGCAGAAAUUGUCGCCAGAGUGCCUGCUUCGUCUCGUCAGUUCAUUAUACUCUUCGUGCCAUGGUAGGCUAUUAUAACGCCGAUAUAUUUAUUUACUUAGUAUAAUUCGAAAAUAGAUAUUCGGUUGGAAAUCUAAACCUUUCGCCGCUACAUCUAGCGGACGGCAGGAUCCAUACAGCCCCCAAAGGACCGAGGUGGAGAAACAACGUGCUUGGAAUGUAGAACAGACUUUAUCGACACCGCUUUGAACGCUCUCUGCUUUAGUGCUACCUCCAACAAAUUGAACCGACACCUCGCCGUUUGGGACGAACAGAAGAGAGCAUUUUAAAUCCUUUAUCUGAUUAAACAAUCCACUUAACUGAGUUUCCUUUUCUUUUUGGCAGCUUCUGCUCGCGAGUUUUAGGGGAGCCGAUUUCCAUUGACACGCACGUCAAACAAUAAACAGUAAAUAGCGGUAGAUUUAUGAAAAACUUUAAUCUUCUGUUGUGACAUGCAGUAGACUUCUGGUUUUACAUAUGGCUUCGCUGUAUCAGAGAUUUACCGGGAAGAUUAACACUAACAGAUCUUUCCCAAACCCGCCGGAGGCCAGUCACCUUCUCGGUGGACACAGUGCCGAAGAGGAAAACGCUGGGAAGACCCCGCACCCUUUGCAAGACAAGAGACCUCGUUUCCAGCAACGAAACGGGAGAAGAUGCGAAGACGAGGACGAGCUGGUGGGAAGCAACCCUCCGCAAAGGAACUGGAAAGGAAUCGCAAUCGCCCUGCUUGUCAUUCUGGUCAUCUGCUCGCUGAUCGUCACCUCUGUCAUCGUCCUGACUCCAGCUGAGGAUGACAGCCUGGCACUGAAGGGCAAAGUGACCAUAGAGAACCUUUUCAGCAAAGAUUUCAGAUUCAACGACCCGGGCGCCAAGUGGAUCAGCAGUGAUGAGCUUCUCCUCCAAACACGCGAAGGGGAUGUGGUCCGCUUCAACGUCAAAACACAAGAGAAGGCCAUUUUGGUUGAAAGAAAAAAGUUUGAAAUGUACCAAGCCAGCAAGUACGAAGUGUCCCCUGACAUGAGGCAUGUGCUUCUGGCCUACAAUGUUGCCCCGGUGUACCAGCACUCCUACAAUGCCCAUUACAUCAUCUGCAGUCUGGAUACUCCGGAGACCUGGAUCCUGAGCCCUCCGGAGGUGCGCAACGUCCCGCUGCAGUACGCCGGCUGGGGGCCCCACGGGCAGCAGCUGAUCUUCAUAUUCGAGAAUAACAUCUACUACCGAGCCACUGUGGAAAGCCGAUCGAUACGCCUGGUUUCGUCGGGAAAGGAACGGGUCAUCUUUAACGGCCUGAGUGACUGGCUUUAUGAAGAGGAGAUUUUCCAAACCCACAUUGCUCACUGGUGGUCUCCAGAUGGUGCCAGGUUGGCGUACACUACCAUUGAUGACACCCUGGUCCCCAAAAUGGAAAUCCCAACCUUUACUGGUUCUCCUUAUCCAAUCGGGAUAGAGUACCACUACCCCAAAGCGGGGGAAGAGAACCCCAUGAUCCAGCUGUUUGUGGUGAACCUGAAUGGGCCCCUUCACACCAUGGAGAUGCGCAGGCCGGAGAACCAGCGGAUAGGGGAGUACUACAUAACGAUGGUAAAAUGGGCAACAAAUACAAAACUGGCUGUGAACUGGCUAAACAGGGCACAGAACAUCUCUGUUCUGACUCUGUGUGAGGCCACUACUGGAGUCUGCACAAAGAAACAUGAAGAUGAGAGUGAGGGCUGGCUGCAUAGACAGAACGAAGCGCCACUAUUCUCCAAAGACGGGCACAAGUUCUUCUUCACCAGAGCAAUCCCACAGGGAGGAAGAGGGAAGUUCUUCCAUAUCUCUAUGUUGUCCUCACCGCCCAACGCGAGCAGCGACAGCCUCCAGUCCCUCACCUCUGGGGACUGGGACGUCACCGAGGUCCUGGCCUACGACGAGGGCAGCCAGCUGAUAUACUUCCUGAGUACAGAAGAUGACCCAAAACGAAGACAUCUUUACAGUGCGGAUACCAUUGGACCCUUCAACAGACGCUGCAUCUCCUGCGAUUUCAUUGGCUGUGGUUACGUGAGUGGCUCCUUCAGCCAUGACAUGCAGUACUUCCUCCUCAACUGUAAAGGCCCUGGAGUGCCGACUGUGUCUGUGUACAGCACAAGAGAUCGAAUGAAGCUUUUGGAUCUGGAGACCAACGAGGAUCUAAACAUCACACUCGACUCCAUGCAGAUGCCCAAAGUGGAAUACAAGGAGAUAAACAUAGAGGAUUACAUUCUGACAAUGCAGAUUAUGAAACCUGCUGGAUUCCUGGAUACAGCACAUUACCCCUUACUGCUGCUAGUGGACGGGACACCGGGCGGUCAGAUGGUCACCGAGCGGUUCCAGUUGGACUGGGCCACGGUUCUGGUCAGCAGCUUCGGCGCAAUCGCCGUCCGCUUCGACGGCUGGGGGAGUGGCUUCCAGGGCACCAACUUCCUGCACAAAGUGAAGCGCAAACUGGGCGUGUUCGAGGAGAGAGACCACAUGGAGGCACUGAACGUUAUCUCAAAGGAAUCUUAUAUUGACAGAACGCGCAUUGGAGCUUAUGGAAAGGUCUAUGGGGGUUAUUUGACCAGCCGUCUCCUAAACGCUGAGGACUCAUUAUUAAAAUGCGGAGCGGCUCUUUCACCAAUCACAGACUUCGAAUUAUACGCCUCUGCAUUUUCUGAAAGAUAUCUGGGAUCACCAAAGACAAACUCAAACGCUUACCGGCUGGCGAAUUUAACGCAUUAUGCAUCUCUACUGGAGGAUAAAAAGUACCUGAUCAUUCAUCCGACAGCUGAUGAGAAAGUUCAUUUUCAGCACACGGCAAGGUUUAUUAACCAGCUAAUCAAUGAAAAAGCUAAUUAUUCUCUCCAGAUAUACCCCGACGAGGGACACUUCCUCCACAAAGCGGCCACGAAACAGCACCUGAGCCAGUCGCUGGUGAACUUUUUCGAGGAGUGCUUCAGACUGCCCGAGAGGGUGACGGAGGAGAAGGACGUGGAAGAGGACAACGAGGGCUAGCCCGCCCCUGAGCCCGCCGCGCGCAGCGAGCCGCGAACACGAUAUGCAAGACGGCUUUCUCUCCCCCCUCUCUCCGAGUCGGCUUUCUCCGAAACCCCCCGUCCCCCACCCCACCACCACCACCCCACCUUCGGCACGUUCCCAGGCUGUGCAAGAGCAGUGCUCUCCUCCUCUUCCCCACCUCUUACCUGUUCAAUGGAAGACCAUCCGCGGUGACGUAGGCACAUCAUCAACUCCGGUUCAUGCGGCACGGACGUACAGAUGGCACCUCGUCGAUUUUGACUGGACCAAGUGUACAGGGGGCCCCUGGUGACCCGAGGGACGCUGUGCUGGCACUCCUACCGAGCUCUCUGCCCCUCCGCCACCUUCCACCCCCCCCUCCCCCUGUCAUCAAGUUGAGUCAUCAAAAUAAAAGGUUGCGUAGCACAAACAUUUCUGACGGAUGUCCAGACUCUCUGCCGAGUUAUUUGGGCGGGAGUGAUUGUCAGAGUACCAUGGGUGGGACAGAGGUCACCUUGUGUCACGGGCACUGUCUUUUCAAGCAACGGCAUCCUUGUUUGCCACUUGAAUUGUAUUUGUGUCCCUUGUUCUCAAGUAAACUAAAGCAGCACAUAGAAUAUUAUUGGUUACUGGGGGUGUCUACUGUUUGUUUUUCAGUGUUUGACAUUAUCCAAAUCUGUGUAACAUAUUACAAUAGCUUUGAAUUGACAUAUGCUUAAAAUGGCCUGAGGCCCAAGUGAUUCUUCUGAGUAAAAUUGUAAAAAAAAUUUAAAAGUAGUCUGUUUGUUUUGAAUUGGGACCAUGUAGGCAGAUUAUUAUAAUGGUCUGUGAAUCUUUUAUCUUAUAUGUCGAGUAAACUGUCCUUGCAUAACUACUGAAAUGUCUCAAAAAUUCUUAGUCACUGUGCCUUACUUUUGGAGUAAACCGUCCUUUCUGAGAACUGUCAAGUGAGGACUCUCCUUGAAACGCAAGGCUUAUUUUAAAUGACAAGACAAGACAAGACAGGAAGAAGAAUCAUAAUGUUCUUUUUUUUUCUUUCCAGAUAAAGUCAUUACCACAGAAUACUUAAUGCUAACCGCAGUCAUGAAAUGUCGCUUUUUAGCAUCAUGUUAAUAUUACACCAUGGCCAGGCCAUGAGCUCGUCUGUGGUGCCAUUGUGAAGAAUCUGAGUUAUCACAUUUCCAAAUAUGUAUCAUAAACCUGUGCUUGUAUAUUAUUAAGACGUACUUCUGAAUGAGUAUGGUCGGUUUUUUUCCAUUUAAAAAUAAUCAUUUAAAAAAAGCAUUUGGACUUCCUUCCUUAUGUUUUGUGAUGAGGUUUUUCUUUGAAUAUUUUUGUAUCUAAUUUGGCAUGUUGGCAAAUUUGCAUUCUUUCUGUAGUUCAGCCUAAGCAUUGUAUAUUUGACAGCUUGAAUGUUACUUAGCAGAGCUACAUUUCAUUUUAGUGUCGUGAGUGAACUAUCUUUCUCCAUCUGCCAUUGUAUCAGUGUUCUUUGAAAUCAAUUUGGUCAUAUUAAUAUUAAUAUUUCAGUGUUACCUGUACAUAAAACAUUUUGAAAGUUA